GACCAACACAGAAUGGCUUUCUCUCUCCUCCCCGCCGGAGCUCCGACGACCAUCACCGAAUUCCCCCAUAACCCCAAAACCCUAAUUCUUCAACAAUGUAAAACAAUUAGAGACCUUCAUCAAAUCCACGGCCACCUAAUCAAAACCCGUUUCAUCCUGCAUUACCCUUCCAUAUCCGACAACCUUAUCGAAUCCGCAGCUAUCCUCCUUCCAGAGAAAUCAAUAGACUAUGCUCUAGCAGUCUUCAGUGAUGUCAAAGAACCAUGCGCAAGUUCAUUCAACAUAAUGAUCAGAGGAUUCACGUUAAACCAAUCUCCUAACGAAGCAAUUAUGUUGUUCAAACAAAUGUGUGAUAGUUCGGUAAAACCCGAUGAUUUCACCUUCACCUGCGUUUUGAAAGCUUGUUCAAGAAUCGGAGCUAUCAAAGAAGGAAGACAGAUACAUGCUCAGAUGAUAAAACAUGGGUUAAUUUCAUAUGGGUUUGUGGAGAACACUUUGAUUCAUAUGUACGGUUCCUGUGGCGAUGUCGAUAUUGCUCGUAAAGUAUUCGACGCAAUGCCGAUGAAGGAUGUUUAUUGCUGGAACGCGAUGUUUGCAGGUUAUAUCAAGAAUAGUAGAUGGAAAGAGGUCGUGAAUUUGUUUCGUGAUAUGAUGGAAUUGAAUGUUGAGUUUAAUGAAGUCACUUUGAUUUGUGUUCUUCCUGCUUGUGGAAGAUUAGCAGAUAUUGAACUUGGCGAAUGGAUUCAUAAACAUGGAGUAAGUAAAAUGAAUAUAAAUUUAAUCACGGCAUUGAUUGAUAUGUAUGCGAAAUGUGGAUAUUUGGAUAAAGCAAAGGAACUGUUCGAUGAAAUGCCUGUUAAGGAUGUUGUAGCUUGGAGUGCCAUGAUCUCUGGUUUUAAUCAAGUCAAUCGUUGUAAAGAUGCACUUCAACUGUUUGACGAAAUGCAGAAGGCGAAUGUAGAACCUAAUGAGGUAACUAUGGUUAGUGUUCUUACUUCUUGUUCUGUUCUUGGAGCUUUGAAAACGGGUGAAUGGAUUCAUUCGUAUAUGAACAGGAAGAAAUUGAAGAUUACAGUCAAUUUGGGAACAGCUUUAAUCGAUUUCUAUUCAAAAUGUGGAUGUAUUGAUAAUGCAAUUUUAGUGUUUGAUCAAAUGCCUACAAAAAAUGUUUGGUCUUGGACAUCGUUAAUCCAAGGUUUAGCUAGUAAUGGAAAAGGGAAAACCGCAAUUGAAUCUUUCCAUGCGAUGGUGAAGAACAACAUAGACCCUAAUGAAGUAACAUUCAUCGCUGUUCUAUCAGCCUGCAGCCAUUCGGGUUUGGUUCAGGAAGGUCGAAAACUAUUCGAAAGCAUGAGCCGAGAUUUCAACGUCGAACCGAAAAUCGAACACUACGGUUGCAUGGUUGACAUCCUCGGCCGAUUCGGUUCUAUUACUGAAGCUUAUCAAUUCAUCCUAAACAUGCCCAUCAAACCAAACGCAAUAAUUUGGAGGACAUUGCUGGCUUCGUGUAAGCUUCACAAGAACAUAGACAUAGCGGAAGAAAGUUUAAAGAAUUUGGUCAGACUUGAACCCAUGAACAGCGGCGAUUACAUACUCCUAUCGAAUGUUUAUUCAUCUGUCGGCGAUCACACAAAAGCGUUAAACAUUCGGAGUGAGAUGAAAGGAAAGGGAAUCAAGAAACCACCCGGAGGAAGCCUGAUUGAGUUGGAUGGUGUUGUACAUGAGAUUUUCGCAGAAGAAAGCAUCCAUCCAGACUCGAAACACAUUUAUGGCGCGGUCAAUGACAUGAUCAAGAAUAUUAAGCUGGCUGGAUACAAACCUAACAUUAACGAUGCAAGAAUCGAUGCAGAUGAAGAUUAUGACAAGGAAACCUCAGUUUCUCACCAUAGCGAGAAGUUGGCUAUUGCCUAUGGACUAUUGAAGACACAGCCAGGGACUCUAAUUCGAAUAUCGAAGAAUCUUAGGGUGUGUAAAGAUUGCCAUAACGCAGUUAAGAUAAUAUCAAACGUAUACGAUAGAGAAUUUGUCAUCAGGGAUAGCAACCGCUUCCACCAUUUCAAGAACGGCAUCUGUUCGUGUAAGGAUUACUGGUAAGUAAAAAGUUUCAAAUUCAUCUACUAAAUAGAAAAUAUUACCAAACUUUUAAUGAUCCUUACAUAACAUAUUGCCAGUUACCAAAUUUAAAAUAUACAGCACAGCAAGCAACAUAACAAAACCCAAUAACCUUCUGGCAGUUUAACAACUUAUUCAUAUAACUAAAGAUAGACGAC